GAUUGACAAUACAACACAACAAACUCGGAAACUGGACCGAAUGGAGCAAACAGAGUUUCAACAGAGUACGGUUCGUGUAGAAAUCGAAUACUGAACAAUACGUUGCCUCAAAACAAUAAAUAUUAGUGCCGUGCUCACUUCUAGAAACAAUGAGAUACUUCAUAUGUCACCCAAAUUCACCAAGAAUUUUGGCAGGCAAUUUGAGACUGCGAUGUGAUUUGCCAAAAAACAGCUGUUUUUCAAGCAACGUGUGCAACUCCCAACCACAAUGUCUUGAGUUGAGUCGUCUGAUCGAGGAACGUGUACCCGAAGCUCAGGUAACGUGCCGAACAGGUCGACGAGGUUCGUUCGAAGUGCAAAUCAAUGAGACCUUGGUUCAUUCGAAGCUCAGCUCGUUGGCGUUUCCGGACUAUGGCGAAGUGGUUUCAAAUGUGAUGGCAGCCAAAGAUGGUCAACCUGUGAAGACAGUCAAAGAACAACCCAUCACUGAUUGCGUUGUUCAGUGAUUCCGAAGGAUUUCGAGCCGUUUUUUUCGACCGAAAAAAAUGGACUAGUUUUAAGUAGUAAAAUGUUUGUUAUUCAAGCGCUCCACAAA